UCAUUCGAGGACCGCCAGUGCACUGCCGGUAUCGUGAACAAACAGCAAGUAAUUAGCUCCCUAAAUCAGUCGAAAGAAGCAGUUUACAGCCAUGGUAACAGUUGAACAGCUGUACAAGGACUACGGAGUGCUUGCUGAUGCUGGUGAUAAAGCAGGGCAGCAUGAGGCAGAGUAUCGGUCAAUCCUGAGUGCUGUCUCGGCGGGUGCGAGUGAGAAGAAACUCGCCGCUCAGUUCAUCCCUCGCUUCUUCAAGUUCUUCUCGGGACUCGCAGAAACUGCCAUCAAUGCGCAGCUGGACCUGUGUGAGGACGACGACUGCAUGAUUCGUAGAGCCGCUAUCAAGGAGCUGCCCAACCUCUGCAGAGAAAGCACAGACCAUCUGCUGCGCAUCGCCGACGUCUUGGCUCAGUUGCUCCAGUCGGACGACCCCCAGGAGAUCAGCAUUGUAAACAGCGCCCUCAUGUCACUCUACAAGAUCGACAUGAAAGGUACACUGGGAGGGUUGUUCAGCCAGAUCCUCUCCGGUGAGGACCUCGUCCGAGAGCGAGCCAUCAAAUUCCUCAACACGCGCCUGAAACUGGGCGGAUCCGACAACGUGCCCAAGGAGGUGGAAGAAUUCGUCAUCGAAAAGACAAAGGAGGUGUUAACUGAUGUGACGGGUGAAGAAUUUGUCACCUUCAUGCAGCUGUUGUCCAAAAUGCCCUCGAUGCAGACCCUGACUGGCAGACAGCAGAUGGUGGAGUUGGUGGCGGAGCAAGCCGAUCUGGAAUCACAGUUUCUGCCACAAGAUCCCGAUAUAGUUGAUAGACUGGUGCAGUGUGUCCGUGAAGCUCUGCAGUUCUUCUCUAAAAAUGUCCCGUCUAACAAAUUUGUGGUCUAUAUGUGUGACAACGUUCUGCCGGUUCUCGGUGACAUCGUCCCACCAGGCAGUGGUGAGACUAAGGCAGAAGAAACGGAGGACAAGACAUCCUCAGAGAAAGCGUCCUCAGACAAGGCGUCCUCAGACAAGGCGUCCUCAGACAAGACGCCUUCGGAUUACGACGUCAAGUUAGAGUUGCUCCGACAGCUAGCUGAGAUGGCCACUUAUGCGGUAAACGCCGGUGGGGACGAGACACUCGGAAGAGUGUUUGACAAACUUCUGGAGUACAUGCCCUUACCCCCUGCGGAAACAGAGGGAGAGAGUUUGGAGAAUGGCAAAGCCACCGAGGAGCCCAAACUACAGUUCUCCUAUGUUGAGUGCCUCAUGUACACGUUUUACCAGUUGGCAAAGAAACUGCCGGAUUUUCUGGUCUCCGAAGAGAACUCAGAAAGACUGAAAGACUUCAGAGUCAGAUUGCAGUAUUUUGCCCGAGGCACGCAGCUGUACAUGAAACAGUUAAGACUCGCUUUGCAGGGGAAAGUGGGCGAUGAAAUGAAGAAAGAGGAGAACAGACUGAAGGUCGUUGCCCUUCGAGUCACAACCAAUAUCAACACCUUAACUAAGGAUUUGUUCAGAAAUCCUCCAUCCUACAAAAGCACUGUGGUCCUUUCAUGGCGUCCUGUUCAGAAACACGGGACAAGUCUAGAGCCUGCCGCUCUUGGACAAAAGCGGACCAACAUUACCCCGAUUACCUUCAGCAGCGACCCUUCGCCCCCAAAGAAGGCGGCAGCGGCGGGUGGGCAGCGGAAACCCCACGCACCCCGGGUCAUGUAUCAACCCCCAUCCGGGAAGUAUAGCAGCAAGGCCGGCAUGGCGCCAAGCGACCCGGAGUACGGCGUCGGGUACACAUACGGUGGUAGAGGGGCGCGUCAGAACCAGUGGCGAGGUGGGAGUGGCCGUGGGCGGGGUCGAAGUCGGGGCGGCAAGUGGUGGUAUUGAUGAUUGCAUUGCGUUUGUACAGUGUAUACAUAGGCAUGAGUAACAUGCACUGAACCUCGGUUCCACACAGUAAACGGCAGGAUAAACUUGUCAAGAGAAUGAUUUUUGACCAUUCGUAAGUUCUGGGUUUUUUAAUUGUGCAUAUUUGUUUAGGUACCGGGUUGAAAUUUGUAGGUUGUCGUGCACCUUUGUUUGUGUUUGUACCCAAGCUUCAAGUUACCUGGAUGGUUUUAGUGAAAACUCCUGAAUAGCUCCUAAAAAAACUCUUGUUUUCAUUUACUUUUUAAAAAUGGAUCCUAGGUUCAUCAAAGGUCAUUCCCGCUUGGUUUCCAUGCCAACCUAAAAUACUGCAUGCCGAAGUCGCACGUCACUCUCUUGUAAGUCUGUUUCUUGCAAACUGGACAAAAUCGUGAGUCCAGCUCCUGGCAAAAUAACUGUGUCGGCCUGUGUAGUCCCAUUUCCACUGAAAUCUCACAGAACACUACAAACAAACAAAGAAUGUGACAGAUGUGCGUGGUAAGGUUUUUGAAAUUCAAGAGUUACAGUUUUGUUUGUUUUGUAUGUAAACUUUGUUUUCUCUUGCAAGCUUUCUAACAGCAAAAGGCAUGCCAGUUUGGGAGAGUUGUAUUUCUAAGAAGCGGUUGCAUGUUAAUUGAAUGGAUUCUUAUUGACCCCAAAAUAAUGCCUCAGACGUCUUCACCGAAACGGCACCACACACCUGCGCAAUCUUUCACCUGAAAAGACGCAGAUAUUUUGGCCAUCAAAACACCCUGUUGGUUGAUGCAGUACUUAACGCGUACGUGUGACCCACACCGCUGCUGUCGUACCGUGGGUUCUAAAUCUGGACACUUUACACUGCCUGGAAUUGACAAAUAGCGCCCUCAUCAAUGAGGAAAUUGAACGUACAUGGAGUUUGUCCACACCAUGAAAACACAGCCCCUCCCCCCAAAAGGGGGGGGGGCACUUGCAAACUGUAGAUGUUCGACCGAAACAGCCCCAAGACAACUCGCACUCUUCCAACUGACAAAUAGGUGCAAAUCAGUCAAUGUUGUUUUGUGUAACUGUCUGUGGAUGGAAAUUCUGUACCACAGUGCAUUUAAAGGGGCAUGCCAACUUGACGACCGAAAUCUUGAGAUAUCGUGUACGUUGUUAUAUUUCCACAGACUUUUUCCCUUUACUUUGGCUUGAAAGAAGCGGAGUUGGAGCUUAAGGGAGAAUUCCAAAGUAUUUCAACUCUUGUUUCCAGGAAUGCCUCUUGUUUUCAAACUUGUACGAGCACAGAUCACUGUCAGUACAACAGUCUGCUUACAGCAAGAAAUUUGUAGUUCAAAUCAGUUGUUCUGUUAAGUCAAGGUUCAUGUUAUUGAAAGUAACCAGCAAAGUCCGAUGGACCUCUUAUUCAUGAGGUUUGACUGCAUAAACUUCACACACACAAAGAAUCUUGGGGGUGGGGAUUGGGCUAUUUUUGAGCGAGUUUGAACAUGCAAGACAAAUUUGAAUUCAGAAAGAAGUGCUAGAAAGUUUGGCUUGGAGUGCGCUUUUAUGAUGCUUAAUUUUUCAGUUGGGAACCAACAUUUUCAUCUCACAUUUGAUUUCAGAGUCGUAAUUGCUCAAAUUUGUUGUGCCACUAACCACUGGUGACCCCUAUGUGAUAAUGGUUCAGUCGCCCAGUUGGGAAAUCCCAACAGUUUGGAGGGGGGGUCGCACUGUUUUUAACGUUAAGAAAUGAAACAGUUUAAUAAAGCAAGAACUAUGUUCGCUACUUGUAAUUUUGAAACACCCGUUAUCUCCAAAUGGAGCAGUCUAUCACAACUGCUCAAACCUGGUUGAAGUUCACUUCAGCACUGCAUGUUUGUCCCUUCCAGAAAAACCCCCAUUUUCCAAAUAGAUCAUUCCAGGUCAAACCAAUUUUGGAACGCUCUAAUAGCUUUCAUUUGUGACACAUUUUCCACAUUCUUUCUAUUGUCUUUAAGUUGUACUCCAUCUCUUGCAAUAUCCAAAGGAAUUCCUUGUGAUGUAACCAGAUUUUCUUAUGAAAUAAACAUGGUCCUUUUAAA